AUGCACUCCACGGUUGUCAGGAUACAAAACUCCUUUGGAUUCUUCACUACAGUCGCGUUCUUUACAGCACUCUCUGCAGCAGUCUCUGUCCUUUUUAUCCCGCAGACCCCUUCAGCUAAGCUUGAGCCAGUACUUCGAAAUCUUCAAGUUGUUAAGGGACGACCAAAUUAUUAUUCCCCAAAGAGAGAGGAGUAUGCGCACAUAAAAUUUGACCUGGAUGCUGACUUCACAUCGCUGUUCAAUUGGAAUACUAAGCAAAUCUUUGUAUGGAUCACAGCUACGUACCCUGUGGCGGGGAAGCUAUAUGAAGCACCCUUCUCGCAAGCAGUUAUUUGGGAUACUAUCAUUAAGUCGCAAAGCCAAUUGCAGCCUUUCAACCCCUUGACAUACCUCAAGAAGCAGCCUCUAAAAUCGAGGAAAAGCAAGUCUCAAAAGGGCAUCAGAAAGGAGGAGCCGAGAUUGGACACGGGCAUCAUCAGACUGAAGAAUUCCAAACCCAAGUACCAGAUUACAGAUAUUAGCGGCAUCAUCUCAGAACGCCAGAAUGUCACGCUUGAGAUAGGAUGGAACGUUCAACCCUGGGUUGGAGCACUACUCUGGACUAUGGAAGAUGGUCAGGUGCUCUGGAAAUGGAAAGGCGUACAGGGUGGAAUGAGCAAGAGCUUUGACAUGCCGGCUUUAAAAGGAAAGUCAGCUUCCUCCGAGACAGUCAUUGGGUCGGGGGGGACUCCUCAGGCUGCAACAGCAUCUCCAGUGGUAUAG